AUGCGUUUCACUGCUGCUACCGUUGCCCUCUUCGCUGGCCUGGUCGCCGCCCUCCCCAGUGGAGAAGAGGUUACCGUCUACCAGACUGAUCUCGUCACCAAGAUCUCUUGCGCUGCCAGCAUCACCAACUGCCCUGGCCGUGAGAGCUCCACUGCUGUCCCCGAGUCUGCCUCCGCUGCCGUGACCACUAGUGCCGCUGCUGAGACCACCCCCGUUGUCUCUUCCUCCGCCGCCGCUACUGGUGUUGCCAGUGGCUCCGUUGUUGUCCCUGAGUCCUCCGUCAUUCCCUCCAGCCCCGUUGCCUGGUCUGCCCCCAGCAGCGUCCCCACUGGUGCUGGCGCCGUCGGCUCUUCCCCCAGCGGUUCCGUCUACACCUCGGUCAUUGCUGUCUCCACCUGCAUUCCCACCGUGACCUACUCCACCCUCACCUACACUGCUGCCGUCACCCCCACCGGUGUCUCCCCCGUCGGUUCUGGCUCCAGCCCCUCCGGUGCUGUCUCCAGCCCCGUUACCAGCGUCGGUGCUACUGCCUCCGCCUCUGCCACCCCCGUCUUCAACGGUGCUGGUGCCAUGACCGGCUCCCUCACCUUCGCCGGUGCCGCCGCCGCCGCCGCUUUCUUCCUCGCAUAA